GCUGAGGCUGCGGAGUGCCGGGCGACAGGAAGUGAGGCAGAGAGACGGGACGUUGCUCGCUGCUCGGUGUUUAAAUACAGCGUUUUCCCAGAGGUUGUGAACUGUAAAUACCUUCAGUCCCCGGCUUUAGUGAUACGCGGCGAGCUCGGAGACCAUGUCUUACCCAGGAUAUGGCGGGCAUGGAGGUUUUAGUGGACAUAUGGCAGGAAUGGCAGGGCCAGGUGGCCCGAUGCAUGCUGCUCCACCAGGUGCAUAUCAAACUUACUCUGCGUACUCUGGUUAUCCUGCGGCUUCCGUCGAUCCAAUGUGGAGUUAUUUCACUGCAAUUGCUGGACAGGAUGGUGAAGUGGAUGCUGAGGAAUUGCAGCGAUGUUUAACUCAAUCUGGGCUACAUGGCACCUAUAAACCUUUUAGUUUGGAGACUUGCAGAAUCAUGAUAUCCAUGUUGGAUAGAGAUAUGACUGGGAAGAUGGGCUUUAAUGAAUUUAAAGAACUGUGGGCAGCACUCAGCGGUUGGAAACAGAACUUCAUGAUGUAUGAUCAGGACAGAAGUGGGACUGUAGAACCACUUGAACUUGGCCAGGCUAUUACAUCAAUGGGAUACAGGUUGAGUGCUCAAGCCAUAAGUGGUAUUAUAAAGCGGUACUGCAAAAAUGGGAAGACUUACUUUGAUGACUAUGUUGCCUGCUGUGUAAAGUUAAGGGCGGUUACAGAUGCUUUCAGGCGAAGAGACAGCCUCCAGCAAGGAUAUGCAAACUUCAGUUAUGAUGAUUUUAUCCAGUGUACAAUGUCCAUUUGAAUACAAAAUGGCAUCACAAUGCAAAAAAAGUCAUGGAUUAAAACCAGUGAUUUAUAUUGCUGUGAAGAUGAAUCAAGCUGACUUAAACUGCAUAAAUGUCUAGUUGUUUUGUAUAUUUUUUCUUUUUUAAUAAAAAAAAAGAGAAAUUGGAUUUUAUGAUGUGUACACUUUGUUAUCCUCCAAAUUGCCAAACUGCAUAUUUCUCUAAUAGCUUGCAAAAUGCUACUUUACAUGUUAGUGACGUUGUCGUUGUGCCUCUUGGAAAAUUUGUGUAAUUAAAUGACAAAAGUUUAGGUUUUGGCCUAUUGUAAUGUAUAAUGUAAUCAAGCUAAUGUGAAUAAUUUUUUUCUUUUGUGAGCCAAACAUUUUACAUUUGACCACUAUUUCCAUUUGCAAUUUUUUAAAAAAGUUAUAUUUUCACAUUUUCAUACUGUAUCAUCACGUAAUAAACACUCUUUCUGAUUUAAUGCUGUAUACACAGUUGUCAAUGCAAUAAAAUAAAAAGUCACGAUAAAGGUU